ACCCCUGCCUGGCCAGGGGGGGCAGAAGAAUCCUGCUAAGGCUAACUACAAUUUCACCUGCACCUUCACAAAUUGCCCUACAGAUGAAACAGACCCAUGGAACCAACAUCGCCGCUCACAAAAAGGACAACAGUUCGGACAGCUGGAUACCACAAGAGCACCGUCUGCUCACAGGCUCCACGUCUGACCGAGCUGGAGGAAAAAGUUUGAAUUUAUAGUUGGAGCUGUAAGAAAAAAUUAAACCAGAGUCACAGAACACUACAGGACAGAUGAGCUGCAGGGAUUUUGCAGAAACAGCUUAAUUUGGGCCAGCAGAAAGUCCAUGACAAAGAAGGAAUGGAUGUAAAUAAACCCCAUAACAAAGGUAGCUUUUCAGUACGGGAAGUUGUCACUUAGCAUGCAAUCACCAGACAAACAGAAAUGCAGCACACGCUAGGUAAGCUGUUUGCCUGUGCAGAUUUCUGGUAACAGCACAAUGUUUUGCUUAUCUCAGUAUACGCUCACAAUUCUUAACCCACUGGCCCAAAAUCAGUCAUUGUACAUCACAAGAAAUUACUCCACAGUCAGGCUUAUUUUGAUGUGACUUCAAUCUUCAAAUACUUCACCUUAGUAGUUAAAAAAAUAACUUCUAUAGAGAAAGAUACAUUGCAUUUAAAAUGCACAAAGGCUUGAUUUACAGAACAUUUAGAUCUUAGGGAAAGAAAGACUCACGGUAAAAUCUUUACUAAUCACUAAGGACCGCUCUCUUGCACUAAACAAUAAUUUUAACCACUUCUCUUCAUUUGGAAAAGAGAGAACAGGCAGGCUGGAAUUUUCAGGAGCAAUCAUCAUACAAACCCUAAGCUGAUGAGAUGGAUUAGGGCUCAUUUAUCAUCACUGCAAAACAGCUCCCAUUCAGAAACAUGUGCCACCACCACAUAAGUGUGCAGACUGGGCACCCAAUGUCCUGCCUACCCUCCUCCGAUGGUUUCUGCUCCUUGGUGGGGCACAGGGAGUUUUCAGGACUGAUAUCCAACUUCCUAAAGCAUUCAAACACAGUUCACGCGUCAGCAAUCAGCCUUGGAGCCAACACAACCUGUCAGCACAAACCAAGGACUUCACAAAGCCUCCUGUGCACAGAUUACACUUCAGUGCAUUCCAGCAUCAAAAACAGGGCACUGUUAUUUCCCCAGAACCAGCGUGCAGUCACUUCACUGCAUGCUUUCAGCACCAGCCUGGGGCCCAGGAGGGGCGUGCAAGAUUCCUAACACAAUGCCCACAUUUCUUGCACCUACGGAUGGAGAGAAAGCAGCAAUUAUCCAGCAGAUGCCUCUCCUGGUCAACUGGAGACCAAAAGGAAGACAGAAAAGCAACAAAAAAACAUGAUUAAGUAACUCGGUAUGUGAAAAUGAGGAAGGAAACGACACACCACCACCAGCAGAAAAGGUCUCUUCUUUCUACACGUUUCCUCGUUCUUAUAACUUUGCUCCAGACUCCUGUCUGCAGAGGAACAGCAGAUGGACUGGAGAUAACCAGAGACCCUCCGUGAAACAGAAGCUGCCAGCUGUGCUCAGCCUAUUUUGAAAGAUGGGAGACUUUGCAAAUGAGAGUUCCAGCAGUAACUUCAGCACCUCCUCCACACCAUGCCACCGCGGCACUGCACUCACCCACCUGGUCUUCCCAGUGCUCUACACGAUCAUCUUCCUGCUGGGACUCACACUGAACAGCCUGGCUAUCUGGGCUUUCUUCCAUAUUCCAAGCACAUCAACUUUCAUUGUCUACCUGAAAAAUACCUUAGUAUCUGAUUUUAUAAUGACUCUGAUGCUUCCUCUGAAAAUCCUCAGGGACUCUGGCCUGGGACCGUGGCAACUAAAGGCCUUUGUCUGUCGCUUUUCAGCCGUAGUAUUUUAUGACACCAUGUAUAUCAGCAUAGUGCUCCUCGGUCUCAUUGCUUUCGAUAGGUUUCUCAAGAUCGUGAGACCUUUCGGGAAGUUCUGGGUGCAACAAGUGAGUUCAGCAAAGAUCCUCGCGGGUCUGACCUGGCUCUUCUUCCUGGUUCUCUCUGUGCCAAACAUGAUCUUAUCGAACAAGAAAGCAACACCGCAGUCAGUGAAGAAGUGUGCCUCGCUGAAGAGCUACCUUGGACUCAAAUGGCAUGAAGCUGUCAAUUACAUCUGCCAGUUUGUCUUCUGGGCCGUUCUCAUUCUUAUGCUUGUAUUUUAUGUAAUUAUUGCCAAAAAGGUGUAUGAGUCUUACUCAAAAACACAGAAGAAAGAAAGCAAAAAGAAUCAAAGGGUCAAGGGGAAAGUAUUCAUCAUUUUCACCGUGUUCUUCGUCUGCUUUGCCCCCUUCCACUUCAGCAGGGUUCCCUACACCCUGAGUCAAACAACAACUCGGAUGGACUGCCACCUGCAGAACCAGCUUUUUAUCGCUAAGGAGAGCACUCUCUGGCUGGCUGCCACAAACACCUGCAUGGACCCUUUGAUAUACAUGUUCCUGUGCAAACCAUUCCUGGAGAAGAUACUAUGCAGGAAAAUGAACACACUUCAGAGAACAGUUCGUAUGAACCCAAGAACCGAAUUGGACACAGGAACCUUGGCCAUCGAAUCUUGAUUCUGUGGCUUCAUGCUCCAGAGACUUUGCAAACCCACAGAGAAAUUAAGAAAUUUGUUUCACUGCUGCUGUAGAAAACUGAAGGGUGGUGUUGCUGUAACACUUAAUAAAAAGGGCAGGCUGGA